CUCCUCUCCCUCCAAGCCAUUCGCCAUUGCCAACCACCUCCUCCUCCUCAUUCUCCUCUCCUGUCUUCUCGCGUCGCGAAGCUGGCUAGUCACAAGGGGGACGCGAAGGGCGACGGCGCCGGUGCCGGUGCCGCCGGCCCAGAGGCGGCGGCGAUGGCGGUCAGCAGCAAGGCGGUGGUGGAGGAGCUGUACCGCGCGCUGGAGCGCGGCGACGCGGAGGCGGUGCGGCGGCUGCUGAACCCGGACGUGGACUGGUGGUUCCACGGGCCCCGCGCGCACCAGCACCUGGUGCUCAUGCGCCUCCUCACCGGCGGCGAGGCGGCGCCCUCGGGGGGCCUCCCGUUCAAGGUCCGCUCCGUCGACGCCUUCGGCGAGACGGUGCUGGCCGAGGGCACCGACGCGUCGGGGGCGCUGUACUGGGUCCACGCGUGGACGGUCGGCCCCGGCGGCCGCGUCACCGGCGUGCGCGAGUACUGCAACACCGCGCUCGUCGUCACCAGGCUCGGCGCCGCCGCCGCCACCAAGGGCCCCGAGGCGGCGGCGCCGCCGCCGUGCUCGCAGUCGCAGCAGGUUUGGCAGAGCAGGCUACCUGACCGGGCUCGCAAGAACCUCCCUGCCCUCGUGCUCGCCAUCUGAUCCGUCCAUGUCAUGCGUGCCGUCAUCACAUGAUAACUCGUGAAAAUGAUGAUGUCACGGCCAUGUGUUGAUAACAACUUUGGGAUAAAAAGCAAUUUGACCGAGCUAUCAUUUCGGGAUCUAAACGAUUUUGCCAAAAGUUGUAUAAUUAAGUAACAAUUUAGUCUAACGUGUGUGUUUUGGUGUGUUUGGAAGAUGAAAGAUUUGAAACUGAGAUGCUGAUGCAGAUUCUCUCUGUUGUUCGGC